CGCACGAUUGUCGAUUGUCGCCAUUGUACCGGGAGUCGCGCGCGGCGGUUGUCCGACUCGCACGCGAUAAUAUCGAUAAAACGCUAAUCGAAUUAAUCGAUCGGAUUAUGCUAGAUUAGCUGAAGGUUUUGUUUUUUUAAUUAAACAGUGUUUGGUUUUCGUGUAGUGCGGCGGACUGUUGGGUGUUUUAUCGGUGCGUAAAAGCGACAACGUGGAGCUGGACUUACAUCAGCGUGCCAGCGGGCACUUUAUGAGUGCCGCUGGUGCGAUGUGCGACCGAGCCAGCUUCGGCAGCUCCAUGGGCUUCCCCAUGAGCAUGUCCAUGGGCUCCAUCGGCUCUAUGCCCAUGAUUGGUCAGAAGAAGUCCCCAGAGGAACACAUCAAGAGACCCAUGAACGCGUUCAUGGUGUGGAGCCGGCUGCAACGGCGGAAGAUCGCCCAGGACAAUCCUAAGAUGCACAAUUCUGAGAUCUCUAAGAGAUUAGGGGCUGAAUGGAAGCUUCUCUCCGAAGACGCGAAGCGGCCGUUCAUCGACGAAGCGAAGCGUCUCCGAGCCAUGCACAUGAAGGAACAUCCCGACUACAAGUACAGGCCGCGACGGAAACCUAAGACCUUAAGGAAGGAGGGAUAUCCGUACUCCAUACCAUAUCCCAGCGUGCCUAUGGACGCGUUAAGAGCUGGCAUGGGAGGUGGCAUGGGCCAGAUGGGCGGCUACUACGGCGCGGCGUACGGACCGCUGGGUGCCAGUAUGGCGGCGGCGGCGGCAGCAGCCGCGCAGCAAAACGCCAUUUCUGCUGCGCUCACGCCUAAUGCACAGGUGGGUUCUACAAUGGACAUGUCCAAGUACUCCAUCGAGGCCGAGAAAUACCGGAGCUACGGCAUGUACCCCGACCCUUCAAGGGGCUACCUCGACUCCGCCGCGCUCUCCAAGGCCUACAUGUACAUGGACCAGCAGCAGCAGCGGUCUUAUCCCAUGGACAUCAGUAAGAUGUACUCUGAAGCGUCCGCAGCGGCCAUGGCUGGCUUAAACUCAGUCGCUCCAGCGCCGUCGAGCUUAUCCCCGCGUUCCCCAGCUGAAUCUCCCGACACAGCCGUCAAGGGGCAUGAUCGUACUGAAGGCAGCUCCUCCUCAGGAUCAAAUCCAUCCCCAUCACUUCCUUACUAUCAAGGCUCCCCAGGAAUCCUCAUGCCACAAUAUCCAGCUCAGUACACACAGGCUAGCCAAGGCGGCGAGUUCCGACGGCCGCUGACAGUCAUAUUCUGACCUGACACGUAAGCGCGUUCGUUAAAAGUUGCGCGAGCGGUUUAUUUAUUGAGCUCGUUUUUGUUUAAGUUUGUCAGUGUUGCAGUUUUGUGUUGGUUCCUCUGGGGGUAAAGCGGACUGUAUUUUUAACAUUUGUGUCCUUUACACCUAGGCGUAUGCACCACUGUAGACAAUGGGUACACUUACCCAUAGGUGUUAUAAAGUAGUCCAUUAUCUUAACAAAUAUAUGUCCGUAUUUGCACCACGUUAUUGCCCAGUUGCGCAUCUUUUUUUCCUAUUUUUCACGAUUUCGUGUUUUCCAAAGUUCCUCUUUCGGUUUCCUCUUGUAGGAUUAGAAAUUAUAUUGUGACUUACGGCCUGAUUCGAACUUGAAGACACGUCAAAAUAUUGCUAAAGAUACGAAUAUGGAUCGGAUAUGUCAGUGUCAAAAGUAGCGUUUUUGUUUGAAGAAACGUCACUUUUGACACUGACAUAUCCGAUCCAUGUCUUCUCCUUAGCAAAUUUUUGAUGUACAUAUCUUAAAGUUCUAAUCAGGCCGUUAGAUUCGUGUAUAUUGUAAAUAUUGAAGUUCCUAGUGCAUAAGUAAAUGUAAAGUAUUGGUAGAUAUUUAUAGUCCAAUAUUAAUGUAUCUUUCAAGCCUCGUGGCUUACGUAUUUGUCGUACCAAGUUUUAUUAUCAAAGUUCAAAGCGGUAUAUUUUGGUUGGUGAGAUAUUCUCAACAAUAAUUUAAAUAAGGUUAGGCGGGGUAAAUAGGGAAAAGGUCAAAUAACCUGAUGUUAAUUUCAUCUAUGCUCGCAAUUUAUCCUAUUAAAGGGCCCAUUGUUA